AUGAUCAAAUGUGUCUUGCUGAUGACAGCUGGUGAUGAGAAAGUUUUGCCAGGUCUUGAUUAUCUCACAACUGGAUUUGAUGCGAUAAAAAUGAUUAACACAAUCGAAGAUAUAUCAUCAUCGGAUCAAUUAAAAUUUCGUUUAUUUGAUAUUGAUAAUGUACGUCGUGGAAAAAAUUAUACAUGGAAUUCAAAUGGUGUAUUACAAACAUUUAGUACUCCAAGUUUUGUUAAAGUAAAUGAUAUUGGUAUGAGAACUGAAGUUGAUGUUGAAUCAGUUAGUUCCAGUUACGAACAAUUUUACGACAACUAUUUUAAGUCGUUUGGAUUCGAUCUCUCAAUUCCAGUUCCAAUUAAAGGAGUUCCUUUUGAAUUAUCAUUUGGUUAUCAUGGGACACUACGAUCAGCGUAUGAAGCUAUAACGAAAGAAGCAACUACGAUCGCUAUAUCGACUGAUUGGUGGGGAAUGUAUUCAAUACAAUUGGCACCAGUAUAUAUAUUGCCAUUUGAUCCAUUAUUUAAUCUAAGUCUCUCAAAACUGGUUGCCAAUCCAAAAACGAAAAGACAACAAGCUUAUUACAAUCAAAUUGUUUCAACAUACGGUACACAUUAUGUAUCAUCUGUUAUUGUUGGUGGUCUUGCUGAAAUGUAUACAUUUGUUAAAAAUGAAUAUCGAAAUCAAUAUGAUGAAUCAUCGUUUGAACAUGAAAUUUCUGUCGGGUUUAAACUAGCUGAAGUUAGCUUAGGUAAAACAACUAGCCUCUCAUUUGGUAAUUCAGAAGGUUUAGGCGUAUCAGGUGAAUUUAGUUGGGGCGAUGAUAAAAAACAAUUAACAAUUGAGUUUCGUGAAAGGUCUAAAAUGUUACUAAAAUUUUUACCACCACUUAUUAAUACAUUGAAUGGAUCAUUAAUAUGGCACACAUGGAUCGAUUUGGCAUCAAAAUAUCCAGGUGUAAUAAAUCGAACAUUAUCUAGUUUAGCUAAUCUGUUAAUUAACUAUCCAGUUAAAAUUCAGGAUCAUUCUAAUGACGAAGUAGACGGAGACAGAUCAUUGAUAAAAAUGAGGACGAGCAGGGGUCCCAAAAUAGACCCCUGA